AUGGAUCUGAACAGGGGAGCAGAAGAAAAAGAAGAAAAACCUUUCAUUUAUUUGGGAAGAACGCCAUCCUUGGUGGACACAAAAGUGGGUGAACCAGCUAAAAUUCCUGUGCUGUUCAGAGCUUAUCCAACACCAGAUGCAAAAAGGUAUAAAAAUGGAAACCCCAUUGCUGCAAAUCGUAUUGUUAAAUUCGGUUACUCCGUGACAAUUACUGAAACAAAUGAAAAAGAAGCUGGGAUUUAUACUGUUGUGCUGACCAAUCCCAUAAACAAGGAGCAGGAAAAAAAUACAUUUCAUCUGUUUGUGAAUGUUGCUCCUCAUAUUGGUGAGACUGUUCUUUUAGUUCCUGUGGAUUCUUAUAAAUUUAUGUUCUUUUCUAUGUUAACAUGUGCAGUCAAUGCUGUUCCAGCAUCAGUCAAGAUUCAGUGGUGCUGGCAGUUGGAAGAAGAAUGUACUUUCAACCCUCACCAAGCUGGACUAGAAAACAAUCCUUAUUCCUGUAAGAAAUUGAAAGUUAUAACUGAUAGGAGAGAUGGGAAUCAGACUGAAAUAAUAAAACCUCGGUCUGCUAUUAUUGCUGGAAAAAAGAAGACCGUAAGCACUCUCGUCAUUCACACUACAAAUGUAUUUGCUCUGUAUAGAUGCGUGGCUAGUAAUAAAGCUGGAGAAGGCAAGAGGGUGAAAUCCUUUCAUGUUUCCAGAGGUCUUGAAAUUAAUCUUCAGCCCCAAGGCCAGCCUACUGAGAGGCACAAUGUCUCCUUGCACUGCACGGCAGACAGACAGACUUUUGAGAACUUGACCUGGUUUAAGCUGAACCCUCGUGCCUCCAUGAUGAGACUUGGGAGGCUGCCCAUGCAUGUUUGCAAGAACCUGGAGGCUCUUCAGCAACAGAGUGCCAUGGCUUCAAGGGCCAACACGGAAAAAGUCACCAUGGAGCUCCUUCUCCAGAACAUUUCCCUACAAGAUAGUGGGGAUUAUGUGUGCAUCGCACAAGACAAAAAGACCAAAUUGAGACACUGUCUUGUCAAACACCUCACUGUUCAAGAAUUGGUGGUACCUACAAUUAUGGGAAACCUAGAGAAUCAAACAACAAGUAUUGGUGAAACAAUGCAAGUAUCAUGUGUAGCAAAUGGAAUCCCUUCCCCGCUCAUCACCUGGUUUAAAAACAAUAAAACUCUUGUUGAAGACUCAGGCAUUAUUUUGAAAGAUGGGAACAGGAAUCUAACCAUCCGAAGGGUAAGGAAAGAGGAUGAAGGGAUCUACACCUGCCAUGCCUGCAAUGUUCUGGGCUGCACAAAAGCAGUAGCAUUUUUUGAAGUGGAAGGGACUGAUGAGAAAACAAACCUCAAACUCAUUAUUCGGGUUGAAACUGCAGUAAUUGCCACGUUAUUCUGGUUGCUCCUUGUCAUCAUUCUAUGGAAGGUGAAACAGGCCAAAACCGAAGACCUGCCCAUCAUCAAGGACCCAAAUGAAGUCCCUCUGGAUGAGCAGAGUGAACAUCUUCCUUCUGAUGCCAGCAAGUGGGAGUUUCCCAGGGAGAAGCUCAAACUAGGUAAGCCACUAGGACRGGGAACAUUUGGCCAAGUUAUUGAAGCCAAUGCCUUUGGAAUUGACAAGGCUUCUGCUUGCCGAACGGUUGCUGUCAAAAUGCUUAAAGAGGGAGCAACAGACAGUGAACACAGGGCACUGAUGUCUGAGCUCAAAAUCCUCAUUCAUAUCGGUCAUCAUCUCAAUGUGGUUAAUAUACUGGGAGCCUGCACAAAACCAGGAGCUUCAAUACAGAUAUUGUCAAAGUUUAAAUUUUUUGUAAUUAUUUCCAUUUUGUACUACUUUGCCUGUUGCUAAUUGAAAUUCUGAUUAUCUUCACAGACUAAAAAAGAGAGGUUUGGACAUAAAAAUGGAGAGGAAUUGAAGAAACGCUUGGACAGUAUCACGAGUAGCCAAAGUUCAGCAAGUUCUGAGUUUGGAGUAGAGAGAUCCCUUACUGAUGUGGAAGAAGGAGAAGGCUUCACAUCACUGAUGUUAUAG